AUGGUGUACGAAGCCACCUCCUCAGCCCCCGUCAACAUCGCCUGCAUCAAGUACUGGGGCAAGCGCGACACCAAGCUCAUCCUCCCCACCAACUCGUCCCUCUCCAUCACCCUCGACCAGGAUCAUCUCCGGUCAACCACCACUUCUAGGUGUGAUUCCUCGUUCGAGGCCGGUGACAGGCUUUGGUUGAACGGCAAGGAAGAGGAGAUCAAGGAGGGUGGCAGGUUGUCUGUCUGCAUCAGGGAGUUGAGGGCGUGGAGGCAGGAAGUUGAGGACAAGGAUGCCAACCUUCCCAAGCUCUCUUCCUUCCCCCUCCGAAUCGCCUCUUACAACAACUUCCCCACCGCUGCCGGUCUCGCCUCAUCUGCCUCGGGCCUUGCUGCCCUCGUCGCCUCCCUCGCUUCCCUCUACUCUCUUCCCCAAAGCCCCUCUCAGCUCUCCAUCGUGGCCCGUCAAGGCUCCGGCUCAGCCUGCCGUUCUCUCUUCGGCGGCUUUGUCGCUUGGCGCGAAGGCACUGACCCUGCUGGUAGCGACUCUCUCGCCGAGGAGGUUGCCCCCCGAGAGCACUGGCCAGACGUGCACGCCCUGAUCUGUGUCGUCAGCGACGCCAAGAAGGGCACGAGCAGUACCUCUGGUAUGCAAAAGACUGUCGAGACCUCCACUCUCCUCCAGGAGCGUCUCAAGAUCGUCCCCGGCAGGAUGGACGCCAUCUCAAAGGCUAUCAAAGACAAAGACUUUGAAUCUUUUGCCAAGAUCACCAUGGCUGAUAGCAACUCUUUCCACGCCGUCUGCCUCGACACUGCCCCGCCCAUCUUUUACCUCAACGACGUCUCGCGCGCCAUCAUUGCCGUCGUCGAAGAGCUCAACCGGGCUGCUGGCCGUAUCCUCGCGGCAUACACCUUUGACGCCGGACCCAACGCUGUGAUCUACACGUUGGAGAAGGACAUGCCCGUGGUGCUCGGGGCUAUCAACAAGUUCUUCCCCACGGCGGAAGAGUUUGAGGACCCGUUCAAGACUGGGGUCAAGGCUCUUCCCGAGGGCUACAAUGCUGGUGUCGUGAGGGAGGGUGGCUGGGAGAAGGGAGCGGUCAAGGGGCUGAUCCACACCAGGAUUGGGGAUGGACCCAGGAAGUUGAGUGCCGAGGAGAGUUUGUUGAACGAGGCCGGCGUGCCCAAGACUCUCGCGUAA